AUGAAUAUUUCGUGUACAACUGUGCCUCGUUCGAAUCGCCAUCAUCAACAGCAGCCAGCAGCUCUAUUUGGAACGUCUGGUUCUGUAUCUGCUCCACCAACUCCUCGAAGUCGGCAAGAGGGUUCCCGGCGUCCUGCUCGUCGUCCGGUUUCAUAUACCCCAAAGACUAGCGGAAGCCCAUGCUAUGCUGGUUCGAAAUUCAGUGAUUCACCGACAGCUCGCUCCAUCCCUCUACCACCAACGGAAUGGAUUUGUGAAGCAUACACUGCGAAUUCGGACACUAGCUCGAUGAGCAGUGGUUCGAUAGGACUUCCAAGUGACAUGGAGACGAGUUCAGUUUGUUCGAGUGCACCAUCAUUGAGUGAUGUUGGAGAGGUGUCAAUUAUUCCAACGACACCGAAAAAAUCCUCUCUACGUCCGCCAUCUGGCAUGCGUGUGCAUCCUCUCCGUCUCAUUGCUGCUGUAGCUGCAUUGAAGGUGUGA